GAAUGAAAAAGAUGAUAUAUGAACGAGGUCUACUACAUGUACCUACUUGUUAUUCCAUUAACACUUAAAAUAGAAAUCAGUGAAUUUGAAUGAACCGCCUUUUCUUGCUGUUGGAACAGAAGUAAGUGCCAAAUACAAAGGGGCAUUUUGUGAAGCAAAAAUAAGAAAAAUAUCAAAAACAGUAAAAUGCAAAGUUCAAUAUUCUAAUGGGAUAUCAACAUUUGUUACGGAUGAUGCAGUAAAAGGACAAUUAAAGGUGGGGGCUACUGUUGACAUAAAAUGUAGUGAUCAAAAAGAAUUAGUUAGAGCAACAAUUCAAAAGAUUCAAGAUUGUAGUCAAUACACUGUUGUAUUUGAUGACGGCGACAUAACAUGUUUAAAGAGAACUGCAUUGUGUCUUAAAAGUGGAAGACAUUUUGAGGCUAGUGCUACUCUGGAUCAACUUCCAUUAACACACCCUGAACAUAUUGGAGUUACACCUGUAAGAACCACUAUUGUGCAAGGUCGUAGAAGUCAAAAAUAUAAAAAAAGUUCUGGGAAAAGUGGUGAAGAAGAAUCUUCAGCAAUGGAGGAAAAAGAUAUUGGAAAAGUAGUUUGUGUAGAAGCUAAUGACAAAAAGAAAGUAAAAGACAAUUGGUUUCCUGGUUUGAUAGUUGCACCCACUUCACAAUCCUCAGUCAAAACUAAUGUCGCAGAAGACUACCUAGUUCGUUCAUUUAAGGAUGGAAAAUACUAUAUGGCACCGAAAAAAGAAACUACUGAAUUUACAAAAGAAAUUGGUGCUAGAGUGGAAAAUCCUACACUUAAAACUGCCGUCGAAAAAGCCCUAUUCUUUCUGGACAAAGACGAACUCCCACCACACUGGGAUAGAGAUUUGUUAUUUGGUGUUAAUAGAAUUUGUAUUGCACCAGAUAGUGAAGUAUUUGAUGGAAAUAAUUAUGAUGAAGAAACAAUUGAAGAAAAAGAUCAUUUUGUCGCACAGUUAUUCAAAUUUAUGGAUGAUCGGAGAACUCCUCUUAAUCAAGCUCCAAUGAUUAAUGAGAAAUAUGUUGAUUUUUAUAAGCUCUUUAAGAUUGUCAAUAAUUGUGGAGGGUAUAAUAAAGUAAAUAAAGGUAAACUAUGGAAGUUUGUUGCGGAUAAAGCUGGGCAUGAACAACAGUCAUUUUUUUCUGUUAAACAUUGCUACCAACAAUAUUUACAUAGUUUUGAGGAUUUUUAUCGAAAACUCGGAUGCACAAUGUUGAGUCAUCCAAGGGGAGUAAGAUCGCGCAGUAGAUUUAGUCGCAGCCUUAUUAGGGAUGUUGAUAAGGCUCUGCCUAGCACAUCAUCUGCGACUGAUAAAAACAUGUGUGAAAAAAAUGAAUUAAACAAUAAAAAAAAUAAGGAUUCUGCUGUAGUUAAAAAAACAGCCAAAGCUAUUAAAGCUGAAGCAAAACUUCUAAAGAACAAUGAAGAAACUUCAAAGAAAGUUGAUAAAAAAAAAGAAGAUAUUCCUAAUAGUACAUCACGCAAUAAGCAAUCAGUGAAAUGGGAUCCAGAUCUAACAGAAACAAAGGAUCCAGUUAGAAAUUCUAAGACUAAAAAAGAAAUAAAAGAAAUCUUAAAAAAAGAAGUAAAAAAAGAGAUAAAUUCUGAUACAGUAGAUGAUGAUCAAAUCAUUGAAGAUACAAAAAUAGGAAAAAAAAUAUUUGCAAGAAAUUUAUUUGGAAAAUCUGUGCAAAAAACUAUUAACGAAGAAAAAGUUGUAAAAGUUAAAUCUGCAAAUACUGGGUUAUCAGGUAUGAGAAAAAAUAGAGCUUCCAAUGAAAAAAUUAAAAAUUUUGCAAUAGCUGAAAUGAUUCCAUUCAAAAAGUCUAUGAGAAGAACUUCUAAUACUCAGAAAGAUGCUUCAAAUAAAGGAAAACUCGUUGAAGAAGUACCAAAACUUACGCGAUCAAAAACCAAAGAACAUCUACCUACUAAAUCAAGGAGAGUAUCAGUAUUAAAUGAUCUUGCUGACAGUACUUCUGUGGUACAACUUACCCAGCCUGGACUUCUUGUAGAAAAUCUAAUUAAAAUUAAAAAGGAGGACGGAACUGAAAAGAAGAAAACCCAAAGAAAAAAAAAGAACGAUAAAGAAGAAAAAUUGGCCUCAAACGAUAUAAUUCCUACACCUAUUAUUGAAAAUGUACCGUUUGAUAAAAACUCACCAGUGAUUGUUGGAGAUAAUCUUGUAGUAUACUACGGAGAUAAACAAACAACUUAUGAUGCAAAAGUUAUUAAUGUGUGUGAUAUUGAAGGAGUAAUGAAAUAUUAUGUGCAUUAUAAAGGAUGGAAUUCACGUUAUGAUGAAUGGAUAGAUGUAAUGCGUAUUGCUUAUAAAACUAAGGAUCCAGAACCAAGACCUGAAGUAGAUAUUGAUGUAGAUUUUUCAAAAAAUAGUCCUCCAGAACAAAAAAAUGUGGAUCCAAAGAAGGUACCAUCAACAACUAAUAGAACCAAAAAGUCAGUUACUCCACUCCCAUCAAAUUUAAAUAUUAAAAAAUCACCCUUUAGCAGUGCUCGACCUACUAGAUCAUGUACUUUGACCGAUCGUCCAUUAUUCGAUAUUGAUAAUUUCGAUUCAGAAGAAAAAUACACUGCAAUUGUAGGACCAUCCAAAAAAUAUAGUAAGAAAAAAGUCAUAAAAUCUGAACCAGGUGUUAUUAUUAUUAAAACUGAGCCGUUAGACACUGAUAAUCAGAAAAAGACGCUAUAUCCGAAGACAUAUCCCAGUAAAGAAGUACUUAUGCAUCAAAGUGCACUAAGAAAACCAAAGUCAUGUAUGUUUAAUGUUAAUAGCAUUAAAUCUGAAGAAGUUAAGGUUUGUGAACCAGUUACUCUUGAACCGGCAUUUGAUUUUAAUUUUGUAAUGCAACUACCAAGUGGUUCUAUAAAACCAAAUGAAGUUAAUGAAAAUGUAGAAGAAAAGAACGAAAGUAAAAUUGACAAUGGUAUAAAAAUUGAACCAAAAAUUUCCCCAAAUCAUUAUUUAUCACCUAGAGAAAAAUUCAAAAGAAAUUAUCUAGAACAUAAUAUGUCUGAAUCCUCAAAAAGUGGGAAUGAAGAAAUCAGAAUUAAAUCCAAAUCGUUGACAAUUUCAACUAUGUCGGAACUUGCAAGAAUUGUCUAUUACUCAUCGUCCUCUGAAAAUGAAGAAGAAAAUCAAUUAAAAAAAGUAACUGAUUUCACCUCUUCUCCAUUAGAUGAUAAAUCAAACAAAUCUAAAAUAUCUGGUACUGAUUUUGAUCUUAACAAAAUAAGAUCAGAAAUGAAGGGACUAAUACCAACAUCAACAAAUAGUAAUGAUAUUAUUCAAAAUACAGAAUCAUUCAUAUUAGAUCAACAAAUAGAAAUUGAAGUUUCAAAAAUUAAUGAACCAAUCACAGAUGAUGUUUAUGAAUUUAAAGAAUCUGAAUCAUGCAAUUUUAAUACAAUUUCUUCUGUCACUGAAGAAAACAACUGUAGAUCUAUUAGACAUUACUCUCCAAAAUUAUUUAACUUUGAGAAAUCUGAUGAACUACCAAAAGUUCUUUAUUCUCCAGCACAAGAGGAACUAGUUGAACAAAAUGGGUCCAUGAUACCAUUUGUCUCUCACAGCAAUAGCUUUUAUUCGUCUGAUAAUAAUGGUAAAAUAAAAGUUUAUGAAAAUUUGAACAUUAUAAAUAAAAUUGAAGAUCCAAUUAUUGACAAUGAGCCUUAUGAAUCCCAAAACAUGGAAAAUAAUAUAACAUCAAAUAUAAAAGAAAUUGAGCAACAUUUUCAGGAUGAAGAUAAUGUUCAUAAUUUAAAAUAUGAAGUUUUGGAUUUGUGUAUGAAACCUCCUGAAUCACCACCAACCAAAAUUUUUAGCAUGCCAGAGCAAAAUGAACUCAAUGGCAUGAUUAUUGAAGAAGAAGUCGAUAAUUAUGAUGAUGAUGAUGAUGAUGAUGAUGAUGAUGAUGAUGAUGAUGAAUCUAAACUAGUAAUAGCUGAAAAUGAUAAUAAAGAAACUGAUAAUCAAAUGGAUUCUGAUCUUGUGAUUAGCGAAGAACUUAAUUCUUCCAAUGGACAAAUAGACAAAAACAUAGAAGCACAAUCCCUACCACCAUUACCACCAAGUACACAUACUAAUAUUGAAUUAGACUGUAAAAGUUCAUCUCAUGUAAAAAAAGAUAUCAGUACACCAAAAGAUAUAGAUGAUGAAAGUACUACAUCAUGUAAUGAAAGCAUUCAAACUGCUCUUGUUCAAAGUUUCCAAUUGUAUUCAAAUUUUGAAAACCAUUCGAGUCAAAAUGGACCUAAUAUGGAUAAUAUUGAUGACAGUACAAAAUCUGGUUUUGAUUCUAAUUCAAAAUUACCAACAAUUAAAAAUAGAGAAGUCUUUGAAUCUACAACUAAGCUCAUCAAUGAACCUUUGAAUAAUAAUAAUAAACAAAAAAAAUGCGAUUUAAAAGUCCAAAAUUGUAAAGAUAAAUAUGAGAAAGAAAAAAUUAUGGUGUUGCCCGAAUUGCAAUGUAGAGAAGAAAUAGGAGAUGAAGAUACUCUCAAUAAUGUUUUAGUUAUAGAGAACAGUUGUAAAGCUGAAGAAUAUGACAUUCAUAAGCCUAGUACUAGUAAAGGUUUCUUUGACUCAAUACAUCAACCAGGUACAAUCAGAGAUUGUUCCUAUGAAACUAACACUAGUUAUGAUGCCAAAAAUAGUUUCUUUGAAACGACUCAAGUUGUCAAAAGUGUUACUUUUGAUACAAACGUCCCUGGAAAAAAUAGUUAUUUUGAUCCCAAUAUUCCUAGUUGCAGUAGCAAUUAUUUCUAUGAUCAUAAUGUUCCAAGUACUAGCAAAAGUAGUUUUUAUGAAAACUCUUUGCCUAGUACUAGUAAAAGUUUUUAUAAUCCUGAAUCUGAUGUUAGUGGUGUACUAUUUUGUGAAGAAACAAUACCAGGUAGUCCAACUGGUAUGUUAGAUGAGCAAUAUGAUCAAGAGCAAAGAAAAAAAAAUCUUCAAGCACUCUAUGAAGAAAGAGAAGCUGCUUCAACUAUGUAUGCCAUGAAUCAAUCUUUUUGUAGACCAAUGAUUACAUUGAUGGGUGCUACAGAAGCAGAAAUGGAAGAAUAUACUAAUAUUCUUCAAAAAGAUGGUGCCAUACUUGAUCAUCAUCAUUUACAGUUCUUAGCUGAGGUUUCUGGCAGGAAACUUGGUAUAAAUGUAAAUGAACCAUCAGCUACAGAACCACUUGAAAAAGAACCAGAGACAAUAGUUGAGAAAUUGGUAAUGUCACCAGAAAAACUUCAAUCCAAGCGCAAAAUUAGCAGUCAUGAAAAACCAUCGAAGCGCAGUAAAUUUUCUACUACUACUGCUCCUAUGCCUUCAGCAAGUCGUGAUGAAAAACCCGUUGAAAGAUAUGUGAAGAAAGUUUAUCCGGAACCGCGGAUUCCUAUAAUAGAUGGAAAGCCAAUGUUUGUUUUCACUCCAGAUAUGGAUCAUCAGCAACGGCAGGCAUUGGUUAUAACCAAUAUGAAUGUAUUUAGGAAACAGUAUGCAACAACCAAAGCUGCCCUGGCGAAGAUUCUGAAAAAUAAAAAAAAAAUCAAGAAAAGAAACAGAGAAAAGGCCAAAGCUGCCAAAGCUGCUAUCAUGAACCUGUCUCAAGCGGCUAAUGGGUCUAGCACGUCUAAAUAAAAUAUAGUUUACUCUUACUUUUUAAUUUACACUAUUUCGAUGGUAACACGGCAAAAGGGUUUAAGCGACACGACUUAUACCACUGGAUGAAAAAAUAUAUUUUACGUCCAUUGCGCGUGCGCAAAAACAGCUGCGACAUUUAUAAUCAUGGCAAUUUGAAUUUUAAGUUUGAGGUCUAAACGACACUUUAUAUUUUUUUUUCUAAAAUAAAGGGUCUAAACUUCAAAAAUAGGGAACAAACGACAUUAGUAUAAUUUUUUAGAGGACAAGCGACGUUUAUGGAAAUUGCUUGGUGCUUGUACCCGAACUUUUCGUAUACCUACCUAACUGAUAUUUCUAAGAUAUGAUAAAAUUUUAGUACAAGUGUACAACUGACAUUGAUUUACUAUAAUAUUAUUAUCUUAAUUUAUAUUUGAAGAUUAAACAUUUGAUCAGCAUUGGCCAAACCAAUUAUUAAUGGUAGUUGGUAGGUGAGUUCACUUUUAUGCAAAAUAUUUUGUACUAGUAAGGAGUGUUGUAUUAUAGGUAUUAGGUACCUAUAUAAAAAUGAAUGCACUAGCCGAUUUUUGUUUGGCAAUACAUUAUUUUUACAUUGAUCUUUAAAUAUUUAUAGAAAAGUUAUUUAUCUUACUAUACGAAUCAUUAUAACCAUUUUAUCUAAUUAAAUUAAACGUCUUAAAUACAAUUAUUUUAUUGAAUAAUAAUAUUA